AUGGAGAAUAUGAUGUCCAUCUAUUUCUUUCCAGUGUUGUUUGUGAAUUUCUGUUUCAUGUCUAGCUUAGCUAUGCCUGCCAAAAACUUAACAACCGAUCAAUCUGCCCUUCUUCAAUUCAAAGCACAUAUCACUUCUGAUCCUAGCCGUGUCUUAGUGUAUAAUUGGUCCAUUUCUAAUCCAAUCUGCCAAUGGGUUGGAAUUUCUUGUGAUGCUCGCCAUGGAAGAGUCACAACCUUGAAUCUUUCAUCAAUGGAUCUUGGAGUUCCUCCACACCUAGGUAAUCUCUCAUUCCUAAUGAAUCUUGAUCUUGGUGACAAUAAUUUCCAUGGCCAUCUGCCAAAUGAAUUGGGACAAUUACGGCGAUUGAGAGGCUUUUCUAUUGGCAACAAUAAAAUAAGUGGAGGCAUUCCAACAUGGAUUGGUAGUUUAUCUAAAAUCCACUUCUUGUAUCUUUAUAAUAGCAGUUUCACCGCCACCAUACCUUGGAGUAGCAUAGGCAACAUUUCCUCAUUACAAAUUCUUAAUUUAACCUACAACAGCUUUUCUGGCAGUCUGCCCGAUGAUAUUUGCAAUCAUCUUCCAAACCUUGAACGGCUUUCUUUAUCCUACAAUGGACUUUCUGGCCAGCUUCCGGUGAGUUUAGGUGAUUGCAGCAAACUUCAUACAUUGUCAUUGUCGUAUAAUAAUUUCACAGGACACAUACCACAGACUGUUGGAAAUUUGAGUAAGCUUAUCGCUUUGACUCUUAAUGACAACAUCCUAGCAGGUGAAAUUCCAGAUGAGAUUGCGAAUUUGCAGAGUCUACGAGACUUGGCCCUAGGUUCCAAUGGCUUAACUGGUAUAAUUCCAGCAUCAAUAUUCAAUAUUUCAACCAUAGAAGAAAUUGAUCUAUCCAUGAAUAACCUUUCGGGCGGUCUACCAUCAAGCUUUGGCAAAUGCCUUCCGAAUCUCGUGCGUCUUACCAUAGGUGGAAAUAAACUUAUUGGAGCAAUCCCCAACUCCAUCUCCAAUGCUUCCAAACUCACUUUCCUAGAUCUGACCGCAAACUCAUUUUCUGGCCUUUUUCCAAAUACAUUUGGCAACUUGAGACUCCUUAAAUAUCUUGGCCUUGCGGGAAAUAACUUGACCACUGAAUCACCCACUACAGAAUGGAGCUUUCUCCCUUCGUUGACAAAUUGCAGAGAACUAAAAGUUCUUUACUUAGAUUCUAAUCCAUUGUAUGGCAUCCUCCCACUUUCAAUUGGGAAUCUAUCAUCAUCUCUGCAAAUUUUUCGUGCAAGUAAUUGCAAGAUCAAGGGCAGCAUUCCUAUAGAAAUUGGUAACUUACAUAGCCUGUUUGUUUUAGAACUUUCGAUGAAUGACUUGAAUGGAUCGAUUCCAACAACUGUGGGAAGACUAUCCAACCUCCAAGGUCUAAGCCUCAGAAAUAACAAUUUGCAGGGAUCCAUUCCAUAUGAGCUUUGUAACUUAGAGAAUUUCUAUGCAUUAUACUUAAGUGCCAAUGAUCUCUCUGGAUGCCUACAACCGUGCUUGGUGAGAUUGAUUUCUCUAAGAUAUCUUUACUUGGACUCCAACAGAUUGACUUCUGAUAUACCGUCGUCAUUAUGGAGUCUUAAGGACAUCUUGGAAGUAAAUCUAUCAUCAAAUUCUCUAAGUGGUUCCCUCUUUUCAAACCUAAAAAAUUUACAUAUCAGAGUUCUAGAUUUAUCAAAGAAUCAAUUAUCAGGUACUAUUCCUGUCACUCUCGGGUACAUUGAAACUCUAGAAACUCUAUCUUUGGCUGACAAUAAAUUUGAAGGGCCUAUCCCUACCACAUUUGACACUUUGAUAAGCUUGGUAUCACUGGAUCUCUCAAACAACAGUCUCUCGGGUGAAAUUCCUAAGUCAUUGGAAUUGCUCUCAUAUCUAAAAAACUUUAACGUGUCUCUUAAUAGGUUAGAAGGAGAAAUUCCCACCAAAGGACCUUUCAGAAACUUUUCAGCUCAGUCAUUUUUGUUAAAUCAUGCAUUAUGUGGAUCACUAAAACUAGGCGUACCUCUGUGCGAGGGUGGCACAAUCAAACGAUCAAAGACAACCACUACACUUGUAUUGAAAUAUGUUUUGCCUUUGAUCUUGUCAAUUUUAUUGAUAGUGAUUGUCAUCAUUGUCUUCAUAAGGUAUCGGUACAGAAGAAAAGAUUCUCCGAUUGAUGAAGUUGAUUUGUUACCUUUAGCAAAAUGGAGAAGAACAUCAUAUCUAGAAAUUCGACAAGCAACUGAUGAUUUUAGUGAGUGCAACUUGCUUGGUACAAGUAGUUUUGGCUCAGUAUUUAAAGGGAUACUUUCAGAUGGGACUAAUGUUGCGAUAAAGGUUUUUAAUUUACAAGUAGAGCGUGUACUUAGAAGCUUUGACACCGAAUGUGAAGUGUUGCGCAACAUUCGUCAUCGGAAUCUCAUAAAAAUCCUGAGCUGUUGUAGUAAUAUUGAUUUUAAGGCCGUGGUACUUGAAUUUAUGCCGAAUGGUAGCCUUGAGAAGUGGUUGUAUUCUCACAACUAUUUUUUAGAUAUGCCACAUAGGUUGAAUAUAAUGAUAGAUGUUGCAGCUGCUCUUGAGUACCUCCAUCAUGGUUAUUCAACACCUAUCAUCCACUGUGAUUUGAAGCCUAAUAAUAUCUUACUAGAUGAAGAUAUGGUUGCACAUGUGAGUGAUUUCGGCAUUGCAAAACUCUUGAAUGAUGGAGAUUUUAAGACACGAACGACAACGCUAGCCACUAUUGGGUAUAUGGCACCAGAGUACGGAUCAAUGGGGAUUGCUUCCAUAAGAGGCGAUGUCUACAGCUUCGGAGUUUUAUUAAUGGAAACUUUCACAAGAAAGAAACCUACAGAUGAGAUGCUUGCUGGAGAAAUAAGUUUAAAGAAUUUUUUAGAGUCGUCAUUGCCUUAUGCAGUGACUGAAGUUAUGGAUGCUAAUUUGUUAAGAGACCAGAAUCCUUUUGAUGCCAAAGUGAAUUGCAUGUUAAGUAUCAUGGAUUUAGCUUUAAAUUGUUCAAUGAAGUCACCUAAACAGAGGAUCAAUAUGAAAGAUGCAUUAACAAAACUCAAGAAGAUCAAAUUGCAAUUUCAGAAAGAUGUUGGGGCACCUAAAUAA